GCAGACUGCAGCUUCUUUUGUUCAAAUCAAUCAAACCGGAGACGGCAACAGAGCUGCUGAAUCAGGAAAUCACCGCCUCUGAUUGAAAAAUGCCACGUAAGAAGGUGACAGAUGUCUCAGGGAAUGGUGGGAUGAAAAAGAAGAGGACCAGCGGCAAAAGGAAAGAGAGGGACUUUAGUAGCGACGAUGAAUUUGAUUACGAGCAGGAGAACAACAAGAAACCUGGCAAGCCUUCUGCCAAGAGUGGUCUCCAGCCUGUUACUGUGGCAGACGACAUCAAAGAGAAAAUAAAACUUGAGUGCCCGAAAGUAAAAGGUCAACUGCUCAUCUUUGGAGCAACCAACUGGGAUUUAAUUGGAAGAAAGGAAGUGCCCAAACAACAAGCUGCUUUCCGCAACCUGGGCCAGAAUCUGUGGGGACCUCACCGCUACGGCUGCCUGAAUGAUGUACAGGUUAGGUGUGUGGUGUCUGGUCCCUGUGCUGCUCACAGUCUCCUCAUGACCACUGAGGGCAACCUGUGGAGCUGGGGUCGUAAUGACAAGGGGCAGCUGGGUCACGGGGACACCAAGCGUCUGGAGGCCCCCAAGCUGAUUGAGGCCCUUGCAGAUCUUGUGAUUGUUGCUGCAGCCUGUGGACGCAAUCACACCCUGGCACUCACAGAGGAUGGCACUGCAUACUCUUUUGGUGAGAACAAGCUGGGCCAGCUCGGGCAAGGCAGCCAGACGGAUGCAGUCCUCAGCCCAGCACCCAUUUCAUACAAUGGCCAGCCCCUGGUGAAGGUGGCUUGUGGUGCUGAAUUCAGCAUGGUGGUGGACUGCAAAGGAAACCUGUACUCCUUUGGCUGCCCGGAGUAUGGACAGCUGGGUCACAACAGUGAUGGGAAGUUCAUCGCACGUGCCCAGCGCAUCGAGUUUGACUGCGAGCUCAUUCCUCGCCGUGUUGCCAUCUUCAUUGAGAAGUCCAAGGAUGGCCAGGUGAUGCCUGUGCCAAACGUGGUGGUCCGAGAUGUGGCCUGUGGGGCUAACCAUACGCUGGUACUGGAUUCUCAAAAGCGAGUGUUCAGCUGGGGUUUUGGUGGUUACGGGCGUCUGGGACACACGGAGCAGAAGGAUGAAAUGGUUCCGCGACUGGUCAAACUGUUUGACUUUCCUGGACGCGGUGCCAGUCAGAUCUGUACAGGCUACCAGUGCUCCUUUGCUGUCAGUGAGAUGGGGGGGCUGUUUUUCUGGGGGGUGACAAACACUUCCAGAGAGUCAACCAUGUACCCCAAAGCUGUGCAGGAUCUGUGUGGCUGGAAGAUCCGCAGUCUGGCCUGUGGGAAAAGCAGCAUUGUUAUUGCUGCAGAUGAGAGUACGAUCAGCUGGGGCCCCUCGCCCACGUUUGGAGAGCUGGGAUAUGGAGACAACAAACCCAAAUCCUCCACCACCGCCCAGGAGGUCAAGACCUUGGAUGGCAUCUAUAUCGAGCAGGUGGUGAUGGGCUACUCUCACUCUCUGGUUAUUGCCAGACAAGACACUGAGCAGGAACAGGAGAAACUCAAAAAGCUGCCUGAAUACAACCCCCGAACAAUCUGAUUGGACCUCCAAUGGCAACACCUCAACCUUUUUCACUUGAGCAGAGACCAGCAAUGCUCAGCAGGAACACCUGCCGGUCUCGGUGGUGUACUAGUGUGAUGGUUGAAUUCAGGGGGGAGGCGCUCACAGGUUCGAAGGAUAUCCAUGCAUCUCAACUACCGGAAAAAUAGCUCCACACAAAUUUGAAAACGGAAAUCAGAGAAAAUGGGACUGGAGGCGGACAGAUCAUCUGGAAGGUCCAGCUCUCAUAAUGAAUGGCCAAAAUAUCUUCACUUCCCACCUCGAGUGAACCUGCAACAGUUUGCUCUGAGCACUUCACACCUAGCAGAGUAGUGCUUCCCAAAAACCCUUUUCUAUUUUGUAAUACAGCCAAACAUUCAUGUCUUCAUGUAUCUUGUUGUUUUCUUUGUUCCAGUAUUUUGAAUGAUAAAGUUAUCACAUUUACGGGUGCUACAUCAGGACCCUCAGUCUUUUCCUACUGAGGGGUUUUCAAAGACCAGUACUCCAUACCUGUGCCUUUUUCUACUUGUUCAGGAUAUGGAAGUCUUGUUUGUGUUCAGAGGAUCAGCUGAUCAUUCUGAUUUAGUUUGUGGCAGUAUGAGCAGGUACAGUUGUGUUCAAAAUAAUAGCAGUGUGUUUAAAAAGGUGGGUAAACGUCAAAUUUCUUCAAAUAAAUUGUAUUUUAAUGAACACAAAUGCAUUGAGGACACUGCACAUUCUAUUUCAAAGCAAGAAAACUGGAAAAAGUAAUUGAAUUUGAUAAUAUUUUACAGAAAGUCAAGAAAUAUAAGCGUUGACGUCUGUCUUUACAAACUCAAAUGUACUUUAUAGACUAAGAAAUGCUUGAAGAUUCAACUUUCCUGAGAAUCAUAAAUGAAUAUUUAGUUGCUUAGCCAUGGUUCCUGAUAACUGCUUCACAUCUGUGGUGCAUGGAGUCGACCAACUUCUGGCACCGGUCAACAGGUAUUGCAGCCCAGGACGAUUGUACUACAUUCCACAAUUCCUCUGUAUUUCUUGGUUUUGCCUCAUGAAGCAUUUUUUGCAAGUUUUCUAUGGGAUUAAGGUCCGAGGAUUGUGCUGGCCAGUCCAUUACCUGAAUGCUGUCUGGAACCAUGAUUUUGCCUGCUUGCUGGUGUGUUUGGGAUCACUGUCUUGGUGAAACACCCAUUUCAAAGGCAUUUCCUCUUCAGCAUACGACAACAUGACUUCUUCCAGUAUUCUGAUGUACUCAAACUGAUCCAUGAUCCCUGGUAUGUGAUAAAUAGGACCAACACCAUAGUAUGAGAAACAUCCCUAUGUCAUGAUGCUUGCACCACCAUGCUUCACUGUCUUCACUGUGUACUGUGGCUUGAAUUCAGUGUUUGCAGGACAUCUGACAAACUGUCUGUGGCCCUUAGACCCAAAAAGAACAAUCUUACUUACGUUUGAUAUCAUUUUAGCUGAACAGCCUAUCAUUUUCUGCACUUCUUUAUAGGUUUUACCCUAUUUUAUGAAUUUCUUGAUCAAAGAACGCUCUUCUUCUGAACAGUGUCUGAACGACCCAUUUCACUCUUUUUCAAGGACAAAUGCACAGCCAGCAUGUGCAGCGUCAGUUGCCUUGAUCCUUAAAUCAGGGCCACCUGUUUAACACCUUUUUUUCACAGAAUCAAUGACCUCAGCACUGCUAUAUUUUUUGAACACGCCCCUUUCAGUUAAUGAUUCAGUUUCACACAAUCAGCAGCAUGCACGUCAUGCCUGUUGGUUUUCUAUACCUUUACUAAACCUUCUAGAAACAUACUUGCAGUGUAGAAUUUGAAAUUCUAACAAAAACACUGAUUUAUCUUGCUAGCAAUGUGGGACUGCUAUUAUUUUGAACACAACUGUAUGUGUGGGUAGCUGCCAAAGACUACAAUCAGCAUUUGGAACAUGACUUUCUGAGUUAGUGCACUCCACUCAAUGUUACAUUCCUUUUGUUGUCGUCUUCAGUGUUUGGAUCAAGGAUGCACACCUCAGUCCUUCCCAGACCACAGUGUCUCGUAGUUUUUGUCUUUGCUACUUUGAGUAAUAACUAUUCCAAUGCUUAGUGGUUUCACAAGCAGGUCAGAACAUUUAGAACCAACAAUGCAAUGUGAGGAAAUGGUCAGUGGAUCAAGGUGUGCUGGAAAAGAAGGCAUGUCCUUUUUUUAAAAAAAAACAAACAAAAAAACAGGUAUUUUCCUCCUACUUGUACUGCAUUCUUUUUUUAUGGUGAAAUUUCUCUGGGUUACAUUUGUUUUCAUUGAAAAAUAAAGAUUGACAUGAAUU